AUGAGGGCUGUGGUGACUCUGGUGUCCCUGCUCCUCCUGGGUGCCCAGGCCCAACAUGAGUGGUCCUACUCAGAGGGGGGACUGGAAGAGGACCUCUGGCCGCAGGAAUACCCGGCCUGCGGGGGACACAGGCAGUCGCCCAUUGACCUGCAGCAGAAUAAGGUGCGCUUCAACCCGGCUCUGAAGGCGCUGAACCUGACGGGCUACCAGGAGGACCGCGGGGACGAGUUUACCAUGAUCAACAAUGGCCACACAGUGCAGAUCAACCUGCCUCCUACCAUGCGCAUGAUGGCCCCUGAUGGCACCGAGUACAUCGCCAAGCAGAUGCACUACCACUGGGGCGGUGGGUCCUCGGAGGUCAGCGGCUCCGAGCACACCAUUGACGGGAUCAGACAUGUGAUUGAGAUCCACGUUGUCCACUACAACGCGAAAUACGACAGCUACGACAUAGCCAAGGACGCGUCGGACGGUUUGGCCGUCCUAGCAGCCUUUGUGGAGGUCAAUGAGUAUGCUGAGAACACUUACUACAGCACCUUUAUCGCCCACUUGGCCGACAUCAGGUACCCAGGACAAAGAACAAUUCUGAGAGGCCUUGACAUUCAGGACAUGCUGCCCGGGGACCUCCACCACUACUACACCUACGAGGGGUCGCUCACCACUCCCCCCUGCACGGAGAAUGUCCACUGGUUUGUGCUGGCAGAUUCCGUCAAGCUCUCCAGGUCUCAGGUGUGGAAGCUGGAGAACUCCCUGCUGAACUUCCGGAACGAGACCCUGCACAACGACUACCGCAAGACGCAGGCCCUGCACCGCCGCGUGGUGGAGGCCAACUUCCAGUACUUCCCCAACCAGGAAUAUAUUCUAGGCUCUGAGUUCAGGUUUUACCUAAACGAGAUCAACGACAACCUCGAGUACUUGCYGUCAGCUCCACCCCAGGAGAAGCCUGCCUUGGUUCCUGACCUGAUCACCGAGGUCUGA